UUUAAGAUAAUUUGGAAGUGGAAUUCAAUUGAUUAACCUCCGGACUGGUGAGACCUUGCUGUCACGUUUCCGCAUUUCGAGAUUUGUGAACUCGGAUCAUCUUUUCUCCCGGAAAAAAUGGAGGAAUUGAAAUUCAGCAGGUGUUCGUAGCAUAUCUAGAAGCUUUGAAUUCAUGUCCAUCAAUGGAGAGGAUGGAGCGUCAACGUCGAAAUCCUCCAUCUCGUUCUAUUACGCCGUCUGAUUCGGCCGGAUCUUCGAGCUCCGCUUCCCGCAGAAGUUAUUCAAACCGCAAUAGAAACUCUGACUACAAGUAUUCGAAGCAUAAUACCAACAGUAAUCGCAGCUACGAGGAUGAUUCUGACUGGCGAAGCAGAAGAAGUAGCGAUAGCAAAAGCUAUGUCCAGAAACUAGAGCCGAAGGAAGACGGCGUGGGAUAUGGCGGCAUUUCUCACUCCGAUCUUCCGCCGGUUUUGGUCGGCACUUGUCCGUCCAUGUGCCCUGAGGCAGAAAGAGCUCAGCGUGAAAGGUUGCGAGAUUUAGCUAUAUUUGAAAGGUUACAUGGAAAUCCUGGAAAAACGUCUCCAGAUCUUGCCGUCAAAAAGUUCUGCAGAACGAUGUCCUCCAAAAAUGUCCAAGCAUUUGAUGUGCGGCCUCUACCUGUACUGGAGAAUGCAUUGGAAUAUGUCCUAAGCUUUUUGGAUUCUAAAGAGCAACCCUUUGAAGUGAUUCACGACUUCAUAUUUGAUAGAACAAGGUCUAUUAGGCAAGACCUCAGCAUACAGAAUAUUGUUAAUGAUAAGGCCAUCUACAUGUAUGAAGAAAUGGAAGUAUACUGCAAGGUUAAAUUUCAUAUCAUAUCUCAUCAGAAGCUUUUAAAUGGUGAUGGUAGUCCAAAUGCUUCCUCAAUGCAUCACCUCAACAUGCAACAACUCUCAAAGGCUUUGAUCACUCUACUUAAUCUCUAUGAAGUUAAUCGAAGUAAUGGUGCUAUAUUUAAAAAUGAAGCUGAGUUUCAUUCAUUCUUUGUGCUGCUUCAUCUUGGUUCUAAUAGCCAAGCAACGGGGGAAUCACUUACUCUGUGGUUUCGUACUCUACGUUCUCCCGUGAUAAAGUCAAAGGAAAUGCGUUUUGCUCGAAGAACUCUAAGAUAUUUUCGAAUGUGUAAUUAUAAGGGUUUCCUAUGUACCAUUGGAGCUGAGGCUUCCAAUCUACAAUAUUGCAUUCUUGAACCUUACGUCAAUGAGGUUCGAGCUUUAGCUUUGUCUUUUAUAAACAAUGGUGGCUACAAGCUUAACCCCUAUCCUUUGAUGGAUCUAUCUACACUUUUAAUGAUGGAGGAAUCAGAAGUGGAAUCAUUUUGCAAAUCCUGUGGUCUUGUGACUUGUGUAGAUGAACUAGGAAAUUUGUCACUUCCCACCAAGCAAACAACUUUUUCUUGUCCCAGUGGAGCGUUUCAAAGAUACAGCUUUCUGAGGUUUAAAUAACAUCAAGGUGGUUAUAACUUAAUCUUUACACCAAUCGAUUUAUCGGUUUUCUUUAUAGGUGGUUGAUUCAAAAUUGUGGUGUAUCGUGUAUUCCCUCCUGUUCGAUGCUUUAUGUAAGUUGUCUAAUGCCAUAAUUUAUCGCGGUGGGAUGAGAACCGACUAUUAUGUAGUAUUAUAGCAAGAAUUCAAAAUAUUGUGUAUGCUAUUUGUCUGAUCCUUUGGAACCACGCCUGAUGAAUUUGUUCAACAUAUAGAUAUUUGUGCAUUGUAAUAAUUUAUCAUGUAACGUUAGGUUACGUGUGAUGUGAUUGGAUUUUUUUAAAGUCAAAGUGAGCAUAGAUCACCGGUAA